CACGCUGUGGGAGGGCGCCGCUCCGUGGGAGGGGGAAUCGCGACGGGCGAGCGGCGGAGGACACCGAGCGGACGAACGCAGUGAGGCCGCGUGACAGCGGGGGCAACGACAUGGUGUCACCAACAGCAAUGGAGGGACGCGGGUCCGGGCACCGCUGCGUCGACGAGUCCCGUUAGCCGCGUCUGCAGCCAUAUGCUGUGAAAAUAUAUAACUUGUAUAUUUUACCGUCGACGAAGAGAGCGGAGAUACGUCAGAAUCUGAUUAUUUUGACUUGAGGUCUGCAGGCGAUCUCAAAGACCAUGGUGGAUUACUAUGACGUUCUGGGAGUCCCUCGAACCGCAACCCCUGAGGACAUUAAAAGGGCGUACCGAAAGCAGGCACUGCGGUGGCACCCAGACAAGAACCCAGAUAACAAGGAGGAGGCUGAGAAAAAGUUCAAGGAGAUCGCAGAAGCCUAUGAGGUGCUGUCUGAUAGAAGCAGGCGAGAUGCUUAUGACCAUUAUGGCAAAGAGGGCAUGUCCAGUUCAGGUUCCAGUGGCCCCUCCACCCCAGGAGAAUUUCCAGGGUUCACCUUCACGUUCCGCAGCCCCGAGGAGGUGUUCCGGGAGUUCUUUGGGGGCCAGGACCCUUUUGCCACCUUUUUCGAUGACUUCCCCUUUGGGGGCAUGCAUGGAGGGAUCCACAUGGGGAUGCACGGAGGAAUCCAUGGACAUCCAAACUCCUCACGCAUUGGCACAAGUCGGCUCUUCUCCUUCCCCUCACCUGGAAUGGACUUCACUUCCUUCUCAGUUGGAGGGAUGGGUAGUUUGGAUUCCAUGAGUGUUGGGACAGGGCACUUUGAGUCAGUGUCUACCACCACGCGCAUCGUUAAUGGAAAGCGCACUACUACCAGAAAAAUUAUCAAGGAUGGCCAGGAGAGAACAGAGAUCGAGGAGGAUGGGGUCUUGAAGAAAAUCCUGAUCAACGGUGUGGAGGAUGAGAUGGCCUUGGCUCUGGAGCUAAGCAUCAGGGAGCAGCAUAAGCUGCCCUCCCAGGCACAGCAGCUGCCCCGCCAGCCCAAGCAGCCCCUUCUGGAGAGGCCCAGCAGCAGUCCACGGGCCCCACCCCAACGUCCCCUUGGCUCCGUCCACCCCAUCCACCUUCACUCUGACGACACUGAGGAUGAAGAGCUGCAGGUUGCGAUGGCCUGCAGCCUGUCGGAGAUGGAAGCGCAGCAGAGGGCAGCAGUCAGGGAUGGGAUCUCGGGUGCUGGGAGUGGGGCCAAGGUGUAUGGGGGCAAAGACAGAGGUGGGAAGGGGAAAGUGAUAAGAGACCAACCAAAAGCAGUCCAUAAGAGCAGGGGCACAGCACAAGAUGGUGCCCUUCCUUUACAGAGGGGUCUUGGUGGCUCUCUGGCUGGGAGCGCUGUCACAGGAGCCCAGGGGCGGGUCCCUCACGGACCCCAGGGUGAGGAGGGCAGCGAUCAGCCCUCAAGAACUGGCAGCAACCUCAAGAAGAAACGGAAGUGCAACUGCGUGAUGUGCUAAGUAACGUGUGUGCGGUGAGAGCUGGCAGUGUGGAGGCCGUGAUACAGGGCGUGCUCCUUGCCUGUACUUUAAGUUCAUGGUUGUGUGUUUUUUCUUUUCUUUUUUUUUUUUGUGGUGCCUUGACUAAAAGUGACCUUGUCUUGUGACACCCCCCCCCCCCCCCCA